AUGCGCAGAGAGGGCAGCCUCCCCGUUCGCGCCGCCCCGACCGCGAUGCUGGCGCGCCUCGUCGCCCUCGCGGCGGCCGCCGGCGCGUCGAAGAUCUUCGGCGCCGCGCCCGGCGCCCCGGACUCGAUCAUGGACGACUCGAGCGGCACCUACUGCGUCGGCCCCGUGCAGGAGCAGCUGCGCUGGAACGUGGACCAGGACCUCGCGGAGCGCAUCGCGUGCCACAACCGGCGCUACGCGGAGCGCGCGGGCUACUGGCGCGGCGACGACCUGACCUUCCUCGCGGAGGCCGCGGAGGCCGAGGAGCUCGAGUUCUUCGACUCCGUGACCGGAAAAUUGCUCUUCGUCGCGCCGCGCGGGCGCACCAUGGCCGAGUUCCUCGACGAGUCGCUGCACCACGGCUGGCCGUCGUUCCGCGACGAGGAGACGAUCGUCGAGAACGUGCGCGUCGUCGAGGGCGGCGACCACCGCGGCGAGCUCGUGUCCGUCGACGGCACGCACCUCGGCCACAACAUCCCCGACGACCGGAACCGCUACUGCGUCGACCUCGUGUCCGUCGCCGGCCGGCCCCUCGCCGGCGAGCUGCCGUCGACCAUGUUCGCGGGCUCCGUGGCCGCCGGGGGCUGCGGCGGCCAGGUCGCCGUGUACCUGGGCAACGGCUGCUUCUGGCACACGCAGUACGACUUCUACGUCGUCGAGCGCGCGCUCGGGCGCGCGCUCGACGAGGUCACGGCCCGCGUCGGCUACGCCGGCGGCGUCGGCGGGUCGCCGGACAACCUCGUCUGCUACUACCGCGGCCCUCCCAAGAGCUACUACGGCGACUACGACUACGCGGAGGUCGUCGAGGUGCUGCUCGACGAGGCCGACGCCCUGGACCAGUUCGCGGCCAUCGCCGAGUCCUACUUCGUCGAGGGCUUCAUGUGGUACAACGGCCAGUGGACGCGCAAGGACCCGCAGGACCGAGGCUUGGAGUACCGGAACGCGGUGGGCAUUCCCGGCGGCCUCCGGGGGCCCUACGGCGCCGCGCUCCGGGCGGCGAACGUCAACGGCAUGGAGCUCGUCGAGGACAACGGCGGCAUCGCCACGUACCUCGACCAGGGGCCCGUCUACGUCUACGACGCGGACCUCUACCCGUUCUUCGUCGGCGAACAGUACCACCAGUUCCACAAGAACACGGUCACGGGCCGCUACGUGGAGGACGAGUACCUCGUCGACGCCCGGGCCGCGGCAAAGGACCGGGGCUGGAUCUACGAGGUCUGCUCCGAGCCGGGCUCGUCCGGCGCGUCGAAUCUCGGCGAGUGCUCGACGGGCCUGCCCGACGCGUUCGCCAUCGCCGAGGAGGACCUCGGCGGGCUCUUCGUCGGCGACGCGCCCGUGUCGGACUUCGCCCAGGCCGCCAAGGACCAGUGGCAGGGCAAGGACGACGACGGGAAGAAGGACACGGGCAUGAAGCGCGGCGGCGGCGAGGGGAAGCCGCGGCCGGGCGGCGGCGACGACGACGACGACGACGGCCUGUCGCGCAAGGCCAUGGUCGCCGUCGCCGUCCUCCUCGUGGUCUGCGCCCUCGUCUUCUUCGCCCUGGGCCUCUACUUCAAGCGCAUCCUCGCGCAGCGCCGCAAGUUCGCCGCGUGCGUCGUCCCGUCCGCGAAGCCCCCGGCCGAGGUCCUCGAGAUCCCGUCCGUCCUCGCCACGGAGCACGCCAAGCGCAAGGACGAGCCCCAAUUCGCCCUCAUCGCCCAGGCUAUCGAGGACCCCGAGCCCGCGCCCCAGCUCCUCUAG